UCUAUGGAUUGGCCUGUUUUCUGAGAUGUUUUUCUUCUUUUCCUUGGCAGGUAGACAAUUUUAUUCAUGCUGACAUGCAUCCUGGAAAUAUCCUUGUUCUUGGAUCCCAGAGCAUGCCUUCUCGUAGGCAGCUCUUCAAAUCUAAGCCUCAGGUCGUAUUCCUUGAUGUAGGCAUGAUUGCUGAACUUUCUAAGAAUGAUAGGAUGAAUUUAGUAGACUUCUUGAAGGCUGUUGCUUGUAGAGAUGGCCAAACUGCAGCAGAGUGCACACUAAAAUUGUCAAAGAAACAGAGCUGCCCAAAGCCAGAGGCCUUCAUUCAGGAAGUGAAAGAGUCAUUUGAUUUUUGGGGGACUGCAGAAGGUGAUUUGGUCCAUCCUGCUGAGUGCGUGCAGCAAUUGCUUGAGCAAGUUAGGCAUCAUAAAGUAAACAUUGAUGGCAAUGUUUGCACAGUGAUGGUGACAGUUCUGGUUCUUGAGGUAGUCUUUUCAUAAAAUUUUAGUAAUUGUGGUACAUAUGUGAUUCACAAUAUUCAUGGAAAGAAAAUUUUUUGUUCAGUCACGAGGUUAGUUCUUGAACACAGCCAAUAGUAUUUUCACAUUUCAUCCUUCUAUU